AGGCACCACUACUACAGUGACCAUCAAUAGCUUCUAGAUCCUGUGUAGAGCGGCUUUCCUGCUGCUCGGUAAGUACAGGAGGUCACUUGCUGGUUAUGGGCACUAUUUAGAGAACACUUCACAUUUUCUCAUUGGACACAGCGGAGAGAUUGGACAGUGAUGUCACGAUUCCAUAGGUACGAAAACAGGAGCCUGUGUCCUGGCCAGGGGCGGACUGACAACUCAUGGGGCCCCCGGGCAAUAGGGGAUCAUGGGGCCCCUGUGUCCUUGCCCAAACUCAAAAAGCCU